AUGGGCCUAUAUCAGGAAGCAUCAAUCUACAUAUGUGGUCUGGUCGUUUGUGCUGCUUUUACAGUAAUAAGCCCUUUUUACCCUAAAGCAGCUCAGUCAAAAGGCGUUCCUUUUUGAGUCACAGGUGUUGUUUUCAGCCUUGUCCCAAUUUUCGCGCUGCUCUCUUCACUGGUAUUAGGAAGUUUCCUCUACAAGCUAGGCAGAAGAACGUGCUUUGUCUCAGGUAUUGUUCUGGUGGGGAUUUCAAACAUUCUGAUAAGCUUAAUUGUGUUUGGAGAUACAGCUUCAGUGAUUUUUUUUAAUCCCCCCGUUAAAUUAAAAAUUUCUAUACAAAUAUUUUGGAUUUUUGUUUAUUUAAGAUAGUUAAUUCAAAAAAAUAAUCGAUUAGUUCCAAAUCUGUUUAAAUGAUAUUCUACUUGAACUUUUUAGUAUUAAAUUAGGUCAAAUUUUAUAUCUUGAAAAAAAAAUUGUUUCAAUUUAAAAGAGGGUUAAAUUUAUGAAAAAUUAAAAUUUUAUUUAUCUUGUUCAAUUUAAAAGGGGAGUUAGCUUUUUAUCAAGAAUUUUGGCAGGAAUUGGAUCAGCUUUUAGCAUGACUUCUGGAUAUGCAAUUUUGACUAGUGAAAACACUGAAUUCUCAUUGGUUAGCAAGCAAAAAAUUCACAAUAUAAAUUUUUAGCAUAAAUUAUAUUCUAAUAUUAAAUAAUAAUUAUAAUAUUAAAACCUCAAGAAACAAUAUUAAUUUUAAAUAGCUUGCAUCCUCACACUUAAAUUGAAAAUUUUUAUUUAAUAUUACAAAUCUUUUAUUUGAAUGGAAUUUAUAAAAUUUUAAGAGAAAAAUAGCCUACGAGGGUAGCGCGAACUGACAAACUUGCUCAAUAUUCAAGGGGAAGUGAGGAUGUUCAAAAAACAGUCGCCAAAAUGGAAGCUUUUUGCGGACUUGGGCUGAUUGCAGGGCCACUUAUUGGGUCUGGACUUUUUGCAGCUGGCGGUAUUUUUAUAUCAUUCUUAUUAGUCGGGAUAAUAUUGAUUAUAUAUGCUCCUUUAGGAGGAUUUUUACUAGGUAAAACAAAACCUUACGUAUUAUCUGAGGACAAAAUCAAUAUUAUAGAGAUUCUGAUAAAACCGAAAAUAAUGCUAGAUGCGCUUUGCCAAGCUUGUAUUAUGUUUACACUUGGCUUUAUAGCUCCCUCUCUUGAGCUGCAUAUUUUAAACUUUGACAUAGAAGAAGAAUAUGUAGGAGUUAUUUAUAGCGUUAAUACCUUCACUUAUGCCUUGAGCUGCUAUCUUUUAUCCUUUGUGCCACAGAAAUAUGACAAGAGAAUAAUGAUGACCCUAGGACUGUUUAUGCUUUCUUUCGCAUUUCUAUUGAUUGGCCCUUGUCCUUUUUUGCUACCACCAGAAUUUUGAAUUGUAGUAUCAUCAUUGUUCUUUUUAGGAGUUGGAGGUGCCAUGAUAUAUGUGCCUUCAUUGCCUAACAUGAUAGAUAAUGCACAUAAGCGCUAUGGAUAUGGAAAGGAUGAUAGACUGAACGACGCUCUAUCAGGAAUUACAACGUUUUCUCUAAGUUUUGGAGAAAUGUGCGGGCCAGGGACAGCUGGUUUUAUGCUUUCAUAUUUGAAUUUCCCUGAGUCUUCAACACUUAUAGCGAUUAUAAUCAUGACAUAUUUUGUCAUCUAUCUGAUUGGAUCUGAUUUGCUAGUUAAAGUGGCAAAACCUUUUAAAAGCAAGUUAGCUGGUGAGCAAGCCUUGAUUGAGCUUAAAACACAAGAUGAUGAAUAA